UCAAAUUUGGUUAAGUUUCACCUUAAUUUCCGUUCCGCUCUCGGUCGCUUCCCCUACCCUCCCAGUCCCCUUCUCUCUAGAUGCUGAGCUCCGGUAGCGGCGACGACGAUGGAUUAGGCAGCAAGGACAAUCCCAUCGAUUGGAAUGCCUUCGUCCGCGAGGCGAAGGCGGGCGACGACGUGCAGCUGGCCCUUCGCAUUACGCUGCAGCGGUCGCGAGUCAACACAGGUGGUAGCGCGAACAUCGGCACCGGCUUGUCACGCAUCGCGCGUAGCUCCGCGUGCUCUACUGUGCUGGCUUGACGCCGUCUAAUCCCUUCGGCGGCAGCUCCUCACGGGCAUCGGUGGGUGCUCCUGCCUGCGUGGCUGGCGCCGCAGACACGGAGGUGCGUGCCGCCUGCCGUGAGAGGCAGUGGGCUAGGGAGAGGACGGCGAAGUCGGAGGCAGCCGUAUCUUCCUCUCGCCGGCUUAAAAAGAUCAAAAUUAAUUUAGGUUAAAAAGAUCAAAAAUAAUUUAGGUUUUUCGAUAAAGAGAUUAAUUUGGGUAAGUCUAAGUAAAAUAUUGGCUUUAUUAUUUACUCCCUCGGUUCCAAAAUAAUUGAAGUUAUACGUUUGACCUAACUCAAAUUUGGUUGAGUUUGAACAAAUUUAUAAAAAAGUACAUUAACAUCUAGAACAUCAAUACAAAAAAUAUUUCAUACUGUGUGUAUUUGAUAUUUGAUAUUUUAGCAUAUACUUUUUAAUAAAUUUGAUCAAACAUACAACAAAUUUAAAACUUGAAUUGUUUUGAAAUAGAGGUAGCAUGAAGAAAAUUAUACCAGAAACGCCCGAUUUUGUUUUUAGGGUCCAGCAGCCCACUUCGCUUUUUUUUUCCACGGGAAGCAGCGGCGGUUGGUUCGAGUCGAGCACGGUCGGACUCGAAGGAACAGCUGGCGUCGAACCCAAACCUGGCUGCAUCGGUCGGUCGGUCCCGUAUAGUCGGUACGGCGUAUACGUAGCUAGCACGCUACCGUAUACGUACCGUACCGUAGUCGGACCCGAUACGGCGUAUAAUACCUAGCGUCGACGCCCAAACUCGGCAAAUCCAAAGCUCGCAAUCAAUCGCAAAAGUUUUCGCGCGAACUCCAAUCUCCUGCUCUCCGCUCCAAUCGCCCGCCGCCAUGGCUCAUCAUCGACGCCGCAGCUGCCUGCGCCGUGUCCUCACCAUCGCCGGCGGUGUGUCAGCCGGCCUCCUCCUGCUCGCCGGCGGCCAUACCUACGGCCACGGCCAGCUCUUCUCGCCGUCCUUGCUGCCCCUCGGCCUCGGCGCCGACUGCUCGCCGUCCUUCGCCCCGCCCCCCUUCGCCCCGCCGCCCUCCGCCCUCUCGCCGCUGCCGCCCUACCUCCUGUCGGACUUGGAGGCCGACGCCUCGCCCCCGCAGCCGGAAGCCAACCUCCCGCGGCGCCUUCUGCCCAUCCACCGAUCGCCGCCCUGCCUCCCCUCGAACUCGGAAUCGGGGGCCGACCGCUCGCCGCCGCAGCACGACGACGCUGAUGCCGUCUUGCUCCCGGACUGGGAGGUCCUUCUCUUGGCUGACGCCGAGCUUGGCGGCGGCGCGGGCAAUGGGAAGGCGACGUGCGCCUUCCAGGGUGGGGCGUCAUCCCCGGCGAGCGCGCUCGGGAGGCUGCCGGGGUCGGCCCGCCACGGCUACGUCUGCCCAAUGCCCGAGCCUGUCCGGAGCCUCCAGCCGCUCCAAGCGCCAUUGCUGCUCCCCACCUCCGCUGCCUCUGCUGAUUGCCCUGGCCGCACGUCGUUGCUGAAUUGGAGCGGCCCGAUCGCCUUCAGCUCUGCAACUCUCGACAGUGGCGAUGUCCUUAUCUUUGCAAAGGGCGUCAACCAUGCCGCUGGCGGAGUCCGGUGCAUCUAUCGCCACUGCGGCGACGCCCAUGGCCAUGGCGUGGUGGCCUCCUUCCCGGCCAUCACGUCCGUACAGCAGGUUACCCGGUGCCCUGCUCCACCGAUGCAUCUCAACUCCAGGAACGCAGAGUUGCGUGUCACGGUGGCAGCCACCGGCGAAGAUCCCAUCCCCUCAAUUGCAACUUAUCGCCCACAGCAGAGUCAGAGUGGCUUGGUGGUGACACCGGCCCGAAAGAAGUUGAUUUGCGCUUGCACUAUGGUCCACAAUGUGUCCAAGUUUCUUCGCGAGUGGGUGCUGUACCAUGCCGCUGUCGGGGUGGAGCACUUCUUCCUGUAUGACAAUGGAAGUCAAGAUGACUUCGCAGAUCAAGUCGCUCAGUUGAGGUCAGCCGGAAUCAGCAUCACUACCGUGCCUUGGCCGUGGAUCAAAAUGCAGGAAGCUGGCUUCUCCCAUUCUGCUGCAAUGCACCAGAGUUCUUGCAAGUGGAUGGCAUUCAUAGAUGUCGAUGAAUUCAUUUUUUCGCCAAACUGGAAAGGAUCCGAGAAACCGUCAAAAUCAAUGCUUGAAGCGCUUCUUCCCGUCGAUCCAGACGUCGGGCAGGUGUAUCUGUGGUGCUUUGAUUUUGCUCCCUCUGGCCAAACAUCACACCCACAGGAGGGUGUCAUCCAAGGAUACACAUGCCGUCGAAAGAUUAUUCUGCGGCACAAAUCGCUCGUUCUUCUUGCUGCGGUGAACCAUUCUUUGGAGAAUGCAAUACACCAUUUCACGCUCAAGGAUGGUUUUAGAAGCAUACGGAACUUGCAGGCGCGGGUCAACCAUUAUAAAUACCAGGCAUGGAGUGAGUUCAAGCAUAAGUUCAAACGGCGAGUGUCCGCCUACGUGGCUGACUGGAGAGAUCCGAUCAACCUUCAGUCCGCUGAUCGGGCCCCCGGCUUAGGACUUGACGGAGUUGAACCGGUUGAUUGGGCGCAAAGGUAUUGCGACGUCAAGGACAAUCUGCUUCAGCAGUUGAGCGCAAGAUGGUUUGGUAAUGGAUUGGCAACUCUGGGAUCUCAGGAUACUUAGGCUCGACUGUAUCUAUAACCUGCGGUUUUCUAGAAGGAUCUAAAGGCAUUAGAGACGGAAUUGUAAUCUAGUUUAGACUUGUGUCCUUGCCGGCCAAGGUCUAUCUAGAAAACCAAUCUGUACAUCGCUUGCCAUGUUAGGCACCAAUAAAUAAACAUCACGCGGCCUCCAAUGGAGCUGUAGCGCUUCAUCGACACCACCAACGCCGUCUUUUGAGGAAUUCCUGUCCAGCACUGAUAACGAUGGGAGGCAACACUGGCAAAUCCAUUCAUAAGGUUCAUAGGAUGGCAGUUUAAGGUUGCUGAAGCACCAACCUGUUGAGCCAUGAGAUCUGAACCAAUGAAUUCAGAUAACAUCUACCAUGUUUACGGAUCACUACAUGUCCCGUUGGAACAAUGUGAAAUCCCUUUUUCGGACGAACAACAGGUUUGCUACUUAAUUCUCAAAAAAGUCGUUCUUUCGCAUCACCAUGCUGUGGAACCAUGAGGCCUGAUCCAAUAAAUUCAGAGAACGUUUACUAUGUUUAUGGAUCACUAUAUGUCCUGCUGGAACAAGAUAUGCAAGGGUCGCAACUGUAGAAAAGAAUUGUGUGGUUGGAGGAGGAAUCAAUCCAUCACAGUCUCGCUAAGAGGGCACAAUUUGCUGCUAUGGUUCCUGAAACGACAUAAUUCUCUGCAAUCCAGUUCAUGGGAAUCUGCUCAGGAUGUGCAAGUACUCUUGGACAAACUUUGGUAAAAUCAUUUCAAAGGAAUCUUUGAAUCAGAGGGUCGCAAAUCUGAUGCACUGAUUGCUGUCAAAUGGGCUGAGGUAAUUCUUUCCUGCAGAUAUGCUAUGGAUAAACAUCCAUGACUGCAUAUUGACCAUACAAGGAACAAACCAACCACGACUCCAGAUGAAUCACUUGCGUGAGGUUUCGAUUUGCCCAUCCAAUUCUAUGGCUGGACCUGAAGCCUCGAGGGCCGUCAUCAGUCAAAACCAAUAGCUAGCACCAAUCAACACAACCGCACGCAGACACGGUGUACCACCUGAGCAGAAUUAGGGGCCCGUUACAGAUCAGAAUCAGUUCCCAGCGGUGUUGCUGCCUGUCAGGAUCUCUGAACUUCAGUUCCUGCAAGUGUCGAUUUCUUCAGCUGACAGGAUAUCGUUUUGCCUUGUUGUAAUCAAGCUCAGCCGUCGAUCUUGCAUCCAACCGUCAACACUGCUUGGUACAGCUUCGCGCCAAGUAGAUGAUCUAUUCGACGUUGAUUUCAGAUCGAGGGCUCCUCGGUAGCUCAUGGCUCGCUGUUUGAAUUCCGACAAAGUGCACUGUUUAAUUUAUGCCUUUUUUCGCUUUUCUUUCAAUUUGUAAUGUCUACAAGGCCAUGGAUUCGGGGCAGGUAGCUCCAUCUCUCCCUUAUGUGCCCCUGUAAGUGACUUAGAACCCUAGAAAUUAUGUGUUAAAGAAGCUAUACUUUCUAGUCGAAAA